AUGGUUAAGAUACUCUGCCCUGGGGACCAUCCCCGAACAAGCUCCCAGAAGGAGGAGCUGCAGGCCUCCCGAGCCAUGGCCCUGCCUAAUUCCCUGAGAGGAAGUGCCCUAGAGAUCCAGGGAGCCCUCACUGGUGUCUUCUUCGUCCUGGGUUGCUGGGGGCUCUCUGAUUUCCAACCGUCUCUUUUUAUUUUGCAGAAUUUUCUGGAGCCCGAGGAGGUAUCUUCUUACUUCCGCCCAGAUGUUACUGCUUCCACAGGCAAUCCUUCCUCUCGCCUCCCGAGACUGAGAAAGACAAGGGCUGCAGGAGACAUUCUGCACCUGGAACUGAUGGUGGCUGUGGGCCCUGAUGUCUACCAGGCUCACCAGGAGGACACAGAGCGCUACGUGCGCACCAACCUCAACAUCGGGUCAGAACUGCUGAGGGACCCUUCCCUGGGGGCUCAGGUCCGAGUAUACCUGGUGAAGCUGAUCAUUUUCACUGAGCCCGAGGGUGCUCCUAACAUUACCACCAACAUCACUGCAUCCCUGUUGAGCGUCUGUGAGUGGAGCCAGACUAUCAAUCCCACAGAAGACGGGGAUCCUGGGCAUGCUGACCUGAUCCUCUACAUAACCAGGUUUGACCUGGAGUUGCCUGAUGGGAACCGGCAGGUUCGAGGGGUCACCCAGCUGGGAGGCAUCUGUUCCCCAUCUUGGAGCUGCCUCAUCACCGAGGAUACUGGCUUUGACUUGGGGGUCACCAUCGCCCAUGAGAUUGGGCACAGCUUUGGCCUGGACCACGAUGGAGCUCCAGGCCGUGGCAGCGCCUGUGACCCCAGCGGCUAUGUGAUGGCUUCGGCCAGCACCGCAGCAGCCCGUGGGGCUCUAGGGUGGUCAGCCUGCAGUCGCAGGCAGCUGCUGCACCUGCUCAGUGCAGGGCAGGCACCCUGUGUGUUGGAUCCGCCACAGUCCAGGCUCACGCAGCUCCAGCAGGUUGUCCAGGCUGGUCUGUACUAUGGGGCCGAUGACCAGUGCCGCAUAGCCUUUGGCCCCACAGCUGUUGCCUGCACCUUCUCCAGAGACGAUCUGGAUGUGUGCCAGGCUCUCUCCUGCCACACAGAUGCCCUGGAUAGAAGCACGUGCAGUCGCCUCCUUGUUCCUUUCCUGGAUGGGACAGGAUGUGGCACAGAGAAGUGGUGCUUCAAGGGUCGCUGCCACUCCCUGGCGGAGCUGGCUCCUGUGGCAGCGGUGCACGGGCACUGGUCUAGCUGGGGACUCUACAGUCCCUGCUCCCGCUCCUGUGGAGGAGGUGUGAUCACCAGGAGGCGGCGGUGUGACAACCCCAGACCUGCCUUUGGGGGACAUGUGUGUGUGGGUGCUGACCUCCAGGCCGAAAUGUGCAACACCCAGGCUUGUGAGAAGACGCAGCUGGAGUUCAUGUCUGAGCAGUGUGCCCGGACAGACAGAGAGCCGCUCUACCUCUCCCAAGGCAGUGCCUCCUUCUACCACUGGGGUGCCGCUGUCCAGUACAGUCAAGGGGACGCUCUGUGCAGACACAUGUGCCGGGCUGUUGGCGAAAGCUUCAUGGUGAGACGUGGAGAAAGUUUCCUGGAUGGGACCCGAUGUGUGCCACAUGGCCCCCAGGAGGACGGAACUCUGAGCCUGUGUGUAUCAGGCAGCUGCAGGACCUUUGGCUGUGACGGCAGAAUGGACUCCCAGCAGGUGCGAGAUGUGUGCCAGGUGUGUGGAGGGAACAACAGCACAUGCAGCCGGCAGAACGGCUCUUUCACAGCUGGGAGAGCCCGAGAAUAUGUCACGUUCCUGACAGUCACUGCCAACAUGAGCAACGUGCACGUCGUCAACCACAGGCCUCUCUUCACACACUUGGCGGUGAGGAUCCAGGGGCGCUACGUCGUGGCAGGGAAGACCAGCAUCUCCCCCAGUACCACCUACCCAUCCAUCCUGGAGGACAGCCGUGUGGAGUACAGGGUGGCCCUCACUGCGGACCUGCUGCCCCGCCUUGAGGAGAUCCAUAUCCGGGGACCCACCCAGGAAGACAUGGAGAUCCAGGUGUACAGGCGGUAUGGGGAGGAAUAUGGGGACCUCGCCCACCCAGACAUCACCUUCACCUACUUCCAGCCAAAACGGCACGUGGCCUGGGCGUGGGCUGCUGUACGCGGGCCCUGCUCGGUGAGCUGUGGGGCAGGAACGCGGUGGGUGACUUACGGCUGCCUGGACCAGGCCCAGAACAAGUGGGCGGAGGCUGGCCAGUGUCAAGGGAGCCCCCGGCCGCACGCACAACUGGAGCCCUGUGUUUCCGACCCCUGCUCACCAUUCUGGGCAGCUGGAAACUUUGGCCCGUGCAGUGUGUCUUGUGGAGGAGGCUCUCGGGAGCGGCUGGUGCGCUGCGUGGAGGCCCAGGACGGCUCGCUGAGGACGCUGCCGCCAGCCCGGUGCACAACACUGGCCCAGCAGCCAGCAGCAGAGGUGGAAACCUGCAACCCCCAGCCCUGCCCACCCAGGUGGGAGGUGCCAGACCCCAGCCCGUGCCCAUCAGCCUGUGGAACAGGUCAGGCCUCAAGGAACAGGCCGUGUGUGCCAGGAGAGGGUGGCCUGGAGGUGGUGCCAGUGACAGCAGGACCCUGCUCCACAGAUGAGAUGCCUCCUGUCCUACAGCCCUGUUUCAGGACAGCAUGUCCUCCAGGCUGGGGUCAGCAGAGCACCACGCCACCAGAAGAGGAGGCUUCACCACCACUUGGCAGUAGCAGACCAGGGGCUCAGGCUACCCAUGUGUGGACUCCUCUGGUGGGGCUGUGCUCUGUCUCCUGUGGGAGAGGCCUGAGGGAGCUGCGUUUUCGGUGCAUGGAUUCUGUCCUCAAGACGCCUGUCCCGGAAGAGCUUUGUGACUUGGCCAGCAAGCCCAGGAACCGGUGGGAGGUCUGCCAGGCUGGGCUGUGCCCUGCUCGGUGGCGGUACAAGCUGGCAGCCUGCAGUGUGAGCUGUGGAGGAGGGCUAGCACGGAGGAUCGUGUACUGUGCCCGGGCCUACGGGGAAGACCAUGACGAGAUCGUGCCUGACAGCCAGUGCCAGGGGCUGCCUCGCCCAGAGCCCCAGGAGGCCUGUGGCCUGGACCCCUGUCCUCCCAGAUGGAAAGUCAUGUCUCUUGGUUCAUGCUCAGCCAGCUGUGGCCUUGGCACUGCCGUACGUGAGGUGGCCUGUGUGCAACUUGAUGGCGGUCGGGACACAGAGGUAGACAAGGCAUCCUGUGCAGCUCUGGUGCGGCCCCAGGCCAGCGUUCCCUGCCUCAUCACUGACUGUGCCUAUCAGUGGCAUGUCAGUGCCUGGAUGGAGUGCUCUGUCUCCUGUGGGGAUGGCCUCCAGCGCCGGCACAACACCUGCCUUGGACCCCAAGCCCGGGCACCUGUGCCAGCCUACUUCUGCCAGCACCUUCCUAAGCCAGUGACUGUGCGGAACUGCUGGGCUGGACCCUGUGCAGGGCAGGGGACACUCAACCUGGCACCGCACAAGGAAGCCACUGCUCCCAGCCAGACCCCGGCUGCUGUUGCUGGGGUUUCUCUGAAGUGGCCCCUGACCCAGACCCACCCUCUUUCCCCAGCCUCCCAGCCUCUAGGACCCCGGGGAAGCCUGGCAGAGUCUGGUACCUGUGGAAGGCAGUACCUGGAGCCCGCAGGAAUCAUUGACAUGAGGGACAGUGGACGGGCAGAAUGUGCAGUGGCCAUCGGACGGCCCCUGAGUGAGGUGGUGACCCUCCAGGUCCUCGAGAGCUCCCUCAACUGCAGUGCAAGGGAGCACUUGCUGCUUUGGGACCGGCUCACGUGGAGGAAGACAUGCUGGAAGCUGUCUGGCAUGACUUUCAACCCUAAGGCUAACACGCUGGUGGUGAAGCAACGCCUUGUGUGGCCAGGAGGAGGCGUGGUGUUGCGGUACGGGAGCCGGCCAGCACAGGGAACCUUCUACGGAGAAUGUGACAGGCAGCUUUUUGGACCUCGAGGUGAAAUCGUGAGCCCUUCACCGAGCCCAGACGGGAAGAAUGCAGAGGGCUGCCGAGUCUUCAUCAGUGUUGCUCCACAGGCUCGCAUUGCUAUUCAGGCCCUGGCCACAGACACGGGUACAGCAGCCAAGGGCACCAAUGCCAGCUAUGUCUCGAUCCGCGACACCCACAGCCUGAGGACCACAACGUUUCACGGGCAACAGGCGCUCUACUGGGUAUCAGAGGGCAGCGAGGCAGAGAUGGAGUUUAGCCAGGGUUUCCUGGAAGCACAUGCCAGCCUACAGGGCCAGUACUGGACUCUCCCAUCUAAGAGGCUGGAAGAAGACAGCAGCCUGGCCCUGCCCUAG